AUGACUGUGACCCACAGACAUCCCAAGAUCAUCAGCCAGGCUCAGACUUACGCCAGGAGCCUGACAGGGCAGCAGCAGCAACAGGCCCACAACUCCAGACUGCUGGCCCCACAGCAGGUGGUGAUGGAGGUGGUCCCAAAAGUCCUGCAGUGCUUCUGGUUGCCCCCUCCAAGCACCUCGUUCAGCAUGCCCUCCCAGCAGCUCAGCAAAAUGGCUGUCGGGGUCACCAAAGCUGUUCAGGACUGGGUCGGCACCGUUCUGUCCUCCGUGCUCCGUCAGGUCACCUUCUCCCGCUCCAUCCGGGACCACAUGGUGCAGUCUAUCCAAGAAAAGGUUAAACAGGCUUACACCCAAGAAGUCCUGGAGAAGAAGCUCAACAGCUUUGCAGCAGACUUCCUGAACUCAAUUGCUGAAGUCACAACUAGAGAAAUCUGUGAGCUGUUUGAGCCUCAGCCUCAGACUGUGAACACUGAAAAGAACUGCACCCAACCAGCAGACAUGACUGAUGGUGCAGAGGCUGAAACCAGCCCUGCUGAAGUUGAGAAUAAGGAGCCUUGUCUGGAGGAUGACACUGAAGAAAGCAGAACACCAGACUCAGCUGCCACUACUCCUCCACCAGCUCCUCUGACCAUCACUGCUGAACCUCCUGCCAACACUGCCAUCCAGAAUGGCCUGAGCAGCAGCCAGGAUGAAGCAGAAGAACGGCCUACAUCCAGCCCAGAUCCAGACUCUGCUGUGAAUCCACUUCCCACAUGUCCUGGAACUCCUGCUGAUGAGCCUUCUUCCCUCCCUGCUGCCGCACAGGGUCCCAAAACCUACCAGACUGAACUGGUGCUGCCGCCUCCUCUCAGCCCAGAACCAGACUCUGCUGUGGACCCAGUUCCACCUCCUCCCAUGACCCCUGCUGAUGAGCCUUCUCCCCUCCCUGCCAUCACAAAGGGUCCGACAACUAACCAGAAGAAGAAGAAGAAGAGGAAGAAGACUGAACUGGUGCUGCCGCCUCCACCCAGCCCAGAACCAGACUCUGCUGUGGACCCAGUUCCACCUCCUCCCAUGACCCCUGCUGAUGAGCCUUCUCCCCUCCCUGCCAUCACAAAGGGUCGGACAACUAACCAGACUGAACUGGUGCUGCCGCCUCCUCUCAGCCCAGAACUAGACUCUUCUGUGGACCCAGUUCCACCUCCUUCCAUGACCCCGACUGAUGAGCCUUGUUCCCCCCCUGCCAUCACAAAGGGUCUGACAACUAACCAGACUGAACUGGUGCUGCCGCCUCCUCUCAGCCCAGAACCAGACUCUGCUGUGGACCCAGUUCCACCUCCUCCCAUGACCCCUGCUGAUGAGCCUUCUUCCCUCCCUGCUGCCGCGCAGGGUCCCAAAUCCUCCAUGGAGUUUAUUGAGGGAAGUGGAUGCGUCUACAGACCCAUCAGGGUCUUGUUUGGCACACCAGUAUAUGAGCUGACUCUGCAAACCUGCUGGCACAUCGCCUCUUACAGGUUUCAGAUCGCACUGGUGACCGAGGUUCUCAGGCUUCAGCAGCAGAACCAGCUCACGUCUGAGAUCACUGGUGAAGACAUGACUGAGCUGCUGGUGGAGAUGAGCAAACAGACACUCAGAGAACAGCUCUGGGAGUUUCACCUGGAGGAUUUUCACCAGGUGGAGGCAAGACCUCUUGUUAGACUGGUUAUGGACGUAAACAAUCGCAUGAAGAUGAGGGACGUUGAGUUUGAAGCCAGACAGCUGCUCAACUCCCCAGAGACCAUCCCUCCUAAGUUUCAAUAUCCCAAGAUCAUCAGCCAGGCUCAGACUUUCGCCAGGAGCCUGACAGAGCAGCAGCAGCAACAGGCCCACAACUCCAGACUGCUGGCCCCACAGCAGGUGGUGAUGGAGGUGGUCCCAAAAGUCCUGCAGUGCUUCUGGUUGCCCCCUCCAAGCACCUCGUUCAGCAUGCCCUCCAAGCAGCUCAGCAAAAUGGCUGUCGGGGUCACCAAAGCUGUUCAGGACUGGGUCGGCACCAUUCUGUCCUCCAUGCUCCGUCAGGUCACCUUCUCCCGCUCCAUUCGGGACCACAUGGUGCAGUCUAUCCAAGAAAAGGUUAAACAGGCUUACACCCAAGAAGUCCUGGAGAAGAAGCUCAACAGCUUUGCAGCAGACUUCCUGAACUCAAUUGCUGAAGUCACAACUAGAGAAAUCUGUGAGCUGUUUGAGCCUCAGCCUCAGACUGUGAACACUGAAAAGAACUGCACCCAACCAGCAGACAUGACUGAUGGUGCAGAGGCUGAAACCAGCCCUGCUGAAGUUGAGAAUAAGGAGCCUUGUCUGGAGGAUGACACUGAAGAAAUCAGAACACCAGACUCAGCUGCCACUACUCCUCCACCAGCUCCUCUGACCAUCACUGCUGAACCUCCUGCCAACACUGCCAUCCAGAAUGGCGUGAGCAGCAGCCAGGAUGAAGCAGAAGAACGGCCUACAUCCAGCCCAGAUCCAGACUCUGCUGUGGAUCCACUUCCCACAUGUCCUGGAACCCCUGCUGAUGAGCCUUCUUCCCUCCCUGCUGCCGCACAGGGUCCCAAAACCUACCAGACUGAACUGGUGCUGCCGCCUCCUCUCAGCCCAGAACCAGACUCUUCUGUGGACCCAGUUCCACCUCCUCCCAUGACCCCUGCUGAUGAGCCUUCUCCCCUCCCUGCCAUCACAAAGGGUCCGACAACUAACCAGAAGAAGAAGAAGAAGAGGAAGAAGACUGAACUGGUGCUGCCGCCUCCUCUCAGCCCAGAACCAGACUCUGCUGUGGACCCAGUUCCACCUCCUCCCAUGACCCCGACUGAUGAGCCUUGUUCCCCCCCUGCCAUCACAAAGGGUCUGACAACUAACCAGACUGAACUGGUGCUGCCGCCUCCUCUCAGCCCAGAACCAGACUCUUCUGUGGACCCAGUUCCACCUCCUUCCAUGACCCCGACUGAUGAGCCUUGUUCCCCCCCUGCCAUCACAAAGGGUCUGACAACUAACCAGACUGAACUGGUGCUGCCGCCUCCUCUCAGCCCAGAACCAGACUCUGCUGUGGACCCAGUUCCACCUCCUCCCAUGACCCCGACUGAUGAGCCUUGUUCCCCCCCUGCCAUCACAAAGGGUCUGACAACUAACCAGACUGAACUGGUGCUGCCGCCUCCUCUCAGCCCAGAACCAGACUCUUCUGUGGACCCAGUUCCACCUCCUUCCAUGACCCCGACUGAUGAGCCUUGUUCCCCCCCUGCCAUCACAAAGGGUCUGACAACUAACCAGACUGAACUGGUGCUGCCGCCUCCUCUCAGCCCAGAACCAGACUCUGCUGUGGACCCAGUUCCACCUCCUCCCAUGACCCCUGCUGAUGAGCCUUCUUCCCUCCCUGCUGCCGCGCAGGGUCCCAAAUCCUCCAUGGAGUUUAUUGAGGGAAGUGGAUGCGUCUACAGACCCAUCAGGGUCUUGUUUGGCACACCAGUAUAUGAGCUGACUCUGCAAACCUGCUGGCACAUCGCCUCUUACAGGUUUCAGAUCGCACUGGUGACCGAGGUUCUCAGGCUUCAGCAGCAGAACCAGCUCACGUCUGAGAUCACUGGUGAAGACAUGACUGAGCUGCUGGUGGAGAUGAGCAAACAGACACUCAGAGAACAGCUCUGGGAGUUUCACCUGGAGGAUUUUCACCAGGUGGAGGCAAGACCUCUUGUUAGACUGGUUAUGGACGUAAACAAUCGCAUGAAGAUGAGGGACGUUGAGUUUGAAGCCAGACAGCUGCUCAACUCCCCAGAGACCAUCCCUCCUAAGUUUCAAUAUCCCAAGAUCAUCAGCCAGGCUCAGACUUUCGCCAGGAGCCUGACAGAGCAGCAGCAGCAACAGGCCCACAACUCCAGACUGCUGGCCCCACAGCAGGUGGUGAUGGAGGUGGUCCCAAAAGUCCUGCAGUGCUUCUGGUUGCCCCCUCCAAGCACCUCGUUCAGCAUGCCCUCCAAGCAGCUCAGCAAAAUGGCUGUCGGGGUCACCAAAGCUGUUCAGGACUGGGUCGGCACCAUUCUGUCCUCCAUGCUCCGUCAGGUCACCUUCUCCCGCUCCAUCCGGGACCACAUGGUGCAGUCUAUCCAAGAAAAGGUUAAACAGGCUUACACCCAAGAAGUCCUGGAGAAGAAGCUCAACAGCUUUGCAGCAGACUUCCUGAACUCAAUUGCUGAAGUCACAACUAGAGAAAUCUGUGAGCUGUUUGAGCCUCAGCCUCAGACUGUGAACACUGAAAAGAACUGCACCCAACCAGCAGACAUGACUGAUGGUGCAGAGGCUGAAACCAGCCCUGCUGAAGUUGAGAAUAAGGAGCCUUGUCUGGAGGAUGACACUGAAGAAAGCAGAACACCAGACUCAGCUGCCACUACUCCUCCACCAGCUCCUCUGACCAUCACUGCUGAACCUCCUGCCAACACUGCCAUCCAGAAUGGCGUGAGCAGCAGCCAGGAUGAAGCAGAAGAACGGCCUACAUCCAGCCCAGAUCCAGACUCUGCUGUGGAUCCACUUCCCACAUGUCCUGGAACCCCUGCUGAUGAGCCUUCUUCCCUCCCUGCUGCCGCACAGGGUCCCAAAACCUACCAGACUGAACUGGUGCUGCCGCCUCCUCUCAGCCCAGAACCAGACUCUGCUGUGGACCCAGUUCCACCUCCUCCCAUGACCCCUGCUGAUGAGCCUUCUCCCCUCCCUGCCAUCACAAAGGGUCCGACAACUAACCAGAAGAAGAAGAAGAAGAGGAAGAAGACUGAACUGGUGCUGCCGCCUCCACCCAGCCCAGAACCAGACUCUUCUGUGGACCCAGUUCCACCUCCUCCUAUGACCCCGACUGAUGAGCCUUGUUCCCCCCCUGCCAUCACAAAGGGUCUGACAACUAACCAGACUGAACUGGUGCUGCCGCCUCCUCUCAGCCCAGAACCAGACUCUGCUGUGGAUCCACUUCCCACAUGUCCUGGAACCCCUGCUGAUGAGCCUUCUUCCCUCCCUGCUGCCGCACAGGGUCCCAAAACCUACCAGACUGAACUGGUGCUGCCGCCUCCUCUCAGCCCAGAACCAGACUCUGCUGUGGACCCAGUUCCACCUCUUCCCAUGACCCCUGCUGAUGAGCCUUCUCCCCUCCCUGCCAUCACAAAGGGUCCGACAACUAACCAGAAGAAGAAGAAGAAGAGGAAGAAGACUGAACUGGUGCUGCCGCCUCCACCCAGCCCAGAACCAGACUCUUCUGUGGACCCAGUUCCACCUCUUCCCAUGACCCCUGCUGAUGAGCCUUCUCCCCUCCCUGCCAUCACAAAGGGUCUGACAACUAACCAGACUGAACUGGUGCUGCCGCCUCCUCUCAGCCCAGAACCAGACUCUGCUGUGGACCCAGUUCCACCUCCUCCCAUGACCCCUGCUGAUGAGCCUUCUCCCCUCCCUGCCAUCACAAAGGGUCGGACAACUAACCAGACUGAACUGGUGCUGCCGCCUCCUCUCAGCCCAGAACCAGACUCUGCUGUGGACCCAGUUCCACCUCCUCCCAUGACCCCUGCUGAUGAGCCUUCUCCCCUCCCUGCCAUCACAAAGGGUCGGACAACUAACCAGAUUGAACUGGUGCUGCCGCCUCCAUCCAGCCCAGAACCAGACUCUGCUGUGGACCCAGUUCCACCUCCUCCCAUGACCCCGACUGAUGAGCCUUGUUCCCUCCCUGCCAUCACAAAGGGUCGGACAACUAACCAGACUGAACUGGUGCUGCCGCCUCCUCUCAGCCCAGAACCAGACUCUGCUGUGGACCCAGUUCCACCUCCUCCCAUGACCCCUGCUGAUGAGCCUUCUUCCCUCCCUGCCAUCACAAAGGGUCUGAGAACUAACCAGACUGAACUGGUGCUGCCGCCUCCUCUCAGCCCAGAACCAGACUCUGCUGUGGUACCAUCUUUUCCUGUUCUAUUGACCUCAGACACUGAACCUUCUGCCAAUACUGGCUUUGAUGAACAAGAUGGUGAGGAUGCGAGAAAGGAGCCCACCGGAGACCCAGACCCUGCUGUGGUUCCAGCUGGUCUCACCCCACCUAAUGAAGCUCCUGUCCUCACUGCAGAGCAUAAUGAGCCGACCAUCAGCCAGGAUAAGGCCAAAAAGAAGACUAAGUGUAGAAUCCAAAGCUUCUUUUGGUGGUUCAGAAAUACCUUGUGCUGCAGUUUCCAACCUGAAGAUGCAGAUUUAGCCCAGCCCUUAUUUUGAUUGUUCUUUUUUUUUCCUCAUUUUUUUCUCAUUGUUCAUUUAAAAAAAAAUAAAUUCA